CAUAUCAUCAUUGUUGGUUAUCCCAUUUUAUCAAAGGGAGAAAGAAGAAGAGCUCAAUCAAACAAUGGCAGCAUCAACCCUAACUUUCAGUGGCUUUUCAACUCUACAAACUUUCCCUGUAAACUCCUCGUGCUAUUUUUACUUUGUUUUUCGAUUCGACGUCGUUUUACAACGGCUCCGUUCUUAAUUUUGUGUUAAAUGCAGAGAAUUGCAGCAGUUGAAAAUACAAAACGCCUCAACUUCUCCAUUCGGUCACAGAGCGCGUCGAAUUCUAAAAACGAAGGCCGUGGACAUAGGAAAAUAUGGAGGCGAAGAAAAUUGACGAGAAAGGAUGAUACGUUAGACGCCAAAAUGGAAAGGAUUCCUUUCCUUGAGGAGCAGGUGAGGAAGAUAAGGGAUGGAGGUAAACUAUUGACAAUGGACAUUCAUAGACUAUUACUCAACGAGGACAACCGGUUUGACUUUGUCAAUGAGAUUGCAGCAGAGGCCAAACAGUAUGUUGAGAACAACCGAGAUGAAUAUGGUGCGAAGAAGGCUAUCCUUCAUGUGCUUAGUAAUCGUAUGAAUGAUGCUGGAGUUUAUCGUGCAGAGGCAUACAUGGAAUCUGACCCCUUCAAGCCAGGCCCUGGAUAUUUGAAAGACGAACUACUGUAGAUCAUUAGUUAGCUAUACUUUCUGUAGUGAUAUAGCGCUUCUGUAGUUGGUAGGCGCUACUGUAUACAUCUCCAUCUGGGGUUUAAUGUCAUAUGAGGAGAGGUGAAAAAACAUCAUAGCACUUCAAAUAAAAUAUUUUUCAAAAGAUAGAAGAAAA